AUGGCAGUCGGCGUACUGCUUCACAUACAAAAAAUCCGUCGUAGCAUUGCUACAUGUGACGAUGCUGCGGUUUCUACUAAAUGUAAGCCCAAGAAGUCGCAGCAGCAAUGUGACAAAGGUAGCUCGGAACCCAUGACUGUGCGCAUCCUGUACGGGACGCAGACUGGAACGUCAAAAGCAAUGGCAGAAGCGCUAGAAAAAACGUUGUUUGCUUUAAAUAUAUCAGGCUUUCAUUUUCAGACAAGUGUUGUGAGUAUGAAGGAUUACGAUCAAGACAAUUUAGAGCAGGAAGCCAUCGUAGUGGCCAUUCUGUCUACGUGGACGCACGGACAGCCUCCCGAGGACGCACGAAUGUUGUGCAACUGGAUUAAAGACAUGACACACGAUUUUCGCGUUUCUAAGAAAUGGCUUAGCGGCGUGCAGCAUGCAGUCUUUGGAUUGGGCAACGCCGAGUAUGACGAGAAUUAUGGCACUGCAGCUAAGAAUUUGGACUGUAACUUGUGCAACUUAGGUUCACCAGCUCUUGUGACGUUGGGUUUGGGAGAUGAUAAUUUGGAUCAAUUCAAGCAAUUUAAUGACUGGAUGGACAAUUUGGUCGCUGCCAUGUGUGAAUACAGCUCUGAGAAGGCAGUGAACGCGUUCAGGAAGAAUCAAAGUUUGUCGAAGACUGAAAAGAAAGACUGGAUCUCACAGAAAAAGUUUCGACGUCAGAAGAGAGCGCUGAAAGCAGCAUUGACUGCAGCUAAUGACGAACAAUCGGACGAAGAAGAGCAAAGAAAACGGAGAAUGAACGAUGACAACGGUAUGGUUGAUGUAGAGGACGUUGGAGCGUCGAUGAAGGAGUCGGAAGCUGCGAAUAUGUCUCGUGAGAUGGUAACUCCGAUGCAGCGCAAAGCAUUGACGAAAGAAGGGUACAAAAUAAUUGGUACACACAGUGCGGUCAAGCUCUGUCGUUGGACUAAGCAUCAACUUCGAGGACGUGGCGGCUGCUACAAGCACGCAUUUUACGGCAUUACAAGCUUUCAGUGCAUGGAAACUACUCCAAGUUUAGCAUGCGCAAACAAGUGCGUGUUUUGUUGGCGCCAUCACAAGAACCCUGUCGGCCGUGUGUGGCGUUGGAAGACUGACGAUGCUAAGACUCUUGUCAAAGCACGAUGGAACGAUGCGUUCACAGUCCGCCACUGCGCGUUGUCUCUUGUAGGUGAAGCUAUCAUGUACCCACAAAUCAACGAGUUCUGCAAGCAGCUUCAUCAUCGGCGGAUUUCGUCUUUCUUAGUGACAAACGCCCAGUUUCCUGAAAAAAUUGCUGCUCUGAACCCGAUCACGCAAUUGUAUGUCAGUGUUGACGCUGCUACGAAAGAGUCGUUGCGUGCGGUCGAUCGACCUCUGUUUAAGGACUUUUGGGAGCGUUUUCUCGCCUGUUUGGAAGAGCUUAAGCACAAGGGGCAGCGUACUGUGUACCGUUUGACGCUUGUCAAGUCAUAUAACAUGGAGGAACUAGAUAAUUAUGCUGAGCUUAUCAACAUUGGCCAUCCUGACUUCAUCGAAGUGAAAGCCGUGACGUAUUGUGGAAAAUCCGAUGGUUCCAAUUUGACUAUGCAAAACGUGCCGUGGCAUGAGGAAGUACGCAGCUUUUGCUCGGCAUUGUGCGACCGCGUGAGUGGUGACUAUGCUCUGGCCUCUGAGCACGCCCACUCAAACUGCGUUUUGAUAGCCAAGAAGAAGUUCUACCGGGAAGGUGUGUGGCACACCUGGAUUGACUAUGAUCGCUUUCACGAACUCAUUGCAAAGUACUAUGAAGAUGGUACACUAUUUACCGCUGAUGAGUAUAUAGCUCCUACACCGCAUUGGGCACUUUACGACUCGAAGGAGCAGGGCUUUGAUCCCGCCGAAACUCGAUUUCGUCGCUCGAAAGAUGGCAAAGUUGUCAAAUUUGCAUAUCUGUCUACAGAGUCUGGCUGUGGUUAA